AUGGCGCUGAAGGACACCGGUAGCGGCGGCAGUACCAUACUGCCCAUCAGCGAGAUGGUCUCCUCGUCUAGCUCGCCCGGCGCGCCGGCAGCCGCAGCCCCGGGGCCCUGCGUGCCCUCGCCUUUCCCGGAGGUGGUGGAGCUGAACGUGGGCGGCCAGGUCUAUGUGACCAAGCACUCGACACUGCUCAGCGUCCCGGACAGCACUCUGGCUAGCAUGUUCUCACCCUCCAGUCCCCGGGGCGGCGCCCGGCGCCGGGGCGAGUUGCCCAGGGACAGCCGGGCGCGCUUCUUCAUCGACCGGGACGGCUUCCUCUUCAGGUACGUGCUGGAUUAUCUGCGGGACAAGCAGCUCGCGCUCCCAGAGCACUUCCCCGAGAAGGAGCGGCUCCUGCGUGAGGCCGAGUACUUCCAGCUCACUGACCUGGUCAAGCUGCUGUCGCCCAAGGUCACCAAGCAGAACUCGCUCAACGACGAGGGCUGCCAGAGCGACCUGGAGGACAACGUCUCGCAGGGCAGUAGCGACGCGCUUUUGCAGCGCGGGGCAGCAGCCGCCGCGCCCUCGGGCCCCGGAGCGCACGGCGGCGGUGGUGGCGCGCAGGACAAGCGCUCGGGCUUCCUCACGCUGGGCUACCGCGGCUCCUAUACCACGGUGCGCGACAACCAGGCGGACGCCAAGUUCCGGCGCGUGGCGCGCAUCAUGGUGUGCGGGCGCAUAGCGCUGGCCAAGGAGGUCUUCGGGGACACGCUAAACGAGAGCCGCGACCCGGACCGGCCGCCGGAGAAGUACACGUCGCGCUUCUACCUCAAGUUCACCUACUUGGAGCAGGCGUUCGACCGCCUGUCCGAGGCCGGCUUCCACAUGGUGGCGUGCAACUCCUCGGGCACUGCCGCCUUUGUCAACCAGUACCGCGACGACAAGAUCUGGAGCAGCUACACCGAGUACAUCUUCUUCCGACCAGCUCAGAAAAUAGUGUCACCUAAACAAGAACAUGAAGAUAGGAAACAAGACAAAGGUAUGGAUAAAGGAAGUGAAAGUGGGACUUCCUGUAACGAGCUCUCCACUUCCAGUUGUGACAGCCACUCAGAGGCAAGCACUCCACAGGACAACCCGCCCAAUAUCCAGCAGGCUACAGCUCACCAACCCAGCACCUUAACAUUGGAUCGUUCCUCCAAAAAAGCACCAGUGCAAUGGAUGCCCACACCAGACAAACGCAGAAACAGUGAACUCUUUCAGACACUCAUCAGCAAGUCUCGGGAAACAAAUCUUUCCAAAAAGAAAGUCUGUGAGAAGCUGAGUGCAGAAGAAGAGAUGAAAAAGUGUAUUCAGGAUUUUAAAAAAAUCCACAUUCCAGAUUAUUUUCCAGAGCGCAAACGUCAAUGGCAGUCUGAACUGUUACAGAAGUACGGAUUAUAGUAAUUUAUCUCAGUCUUGCAGUAUUUCAAUGAUGUUUAAUGUUUACUACAAUGUCACUACCUGACUGAUGUCCUAACAACGGUCAGUGUGAUUCUUGCUGCUCUCCCUAUUUGUGAACAGUGGAUGUGGGACAAUAUUUUAUUUCAUUAUUUUUUUUGUUCAUUUUUAGAAAUUAAAAAAACAAUGAAAUCAAUAAUUGUUGAAUCAAAAUGGUGUAUCUGGUUCAAACCAUUUUGCAAAAAUGAAAGUUAUAUGUGCAUGGUCAAAAACUGUAGAAUCUUGAUUUUUGAACUGCGAUCAACUGGACAUAUUUGUCAUUUUGUAACUCACCAAAAACAAAUCAUCCUAUCACAUCAACUAAAAUGACAAUAUGAAUGAACCAACAUCAAGUAAAAUUUUAGGUGGUGGUUUUAGGAACCAAAUCCCAAACUGUUUAAAUGUUAAUGCAAUAAAACAAGUAUUAUUUUUGCAUGAGCACAAUGUUACAAGUAAAUCACAUGAAAUAGGGAAGAUCUGUUUGUUGCUUGGAAAGAAAAUAAAAUUACUAAAAAUAUAGCAAAAAAAAAAACUGUUUCAGGCAAAGCCUAUAAAUGUAAGUGUCUAAGGGACUGGAUUUUCUUUGUUCCAGAUCUGUGAUUUUUUUGUGUAUGUGUAUGGUGUUCUGUAUGUUAAGAUGGUGUAAAUAUGCCUUAUACUGUUGUGUUAUGGCACCGACAUUUCCCUAUUAAUGCUAGUCAUGAUUAUUUCUGUGAAAUGAGUCCUUUACAUCAGACUGUGAAAACUAGUAUCUUGAUGCUCUGAUAGAUCCUACUAUCAUGUUAAAGUAAGUGAAAGAAAAUGGUAAA